UCAAGGAGUCGAGCGACUGAGUUUCUCAUUAAAUAAUUCGCAAUAUAGUUUAAUUUCGCCGUCGUCGACUAGGCAAAUGAUAUUUUAUUCAUGGACUGCCUGUGAAUCUAUGGAAUUCAGAAUCAUAGACAAAUGACAACACAUCAUUAUUGACAUUUAUAUUUCAAUAUUAUGUAGAAUUAAAUUGUUCAAGUUAAAUAAAAUAAAAAAUAUGGAAAAUAAAAAAACUAAGAAGACCAAGACUAUCCAUAUGAGAUACCCUGCCCCAUAUUCCUGGUCACAAACUGGACCAUACGAGAGAAAGCCAAGCACCAUGAAGAAAUCUGUUUCGUAUGACAACAAAAAUAAAUACUCGAAGACAAAAGCUCCACCAAAGUGCUGUGACCCUUACGCUCCUCAUCUGAAAUACGGAAUUUUCCACCGGAAGAACUCAAAAGAAAUUGAGUCAUCGAAAAUCAGUCUGAAUAAAACUACCUCUGAACAAAUAUCCAAGGAGGGAUACAUUAAAAGCCCAGACGAGCCGUAUUUUAUAAUUCGCCCUCUGAACAAACGCCACACCAAACAUUUGUCCGUCUCUGAAGUAUUGCAUGUGGAUAUUCAACCAAGAAUACGAAAAUCACCAAUGAGAGCUAGUUCAUCUAUUCGAUUUCAUAAAUAAUCGGUAUUCUGUGGCGUGAGCAUGCAAAACGAAAUAGCGCGUUUAUUAUAAUUGACAAAACAAUAAAUGCACAGAUCAAGUAGAGUUAAAAAUAAGUAAAAAUAUUAUAAACGUUCACACAUAUGUAAAUAACCGUAAACGAUGGAUGAGGAAAUAAUAUUGUAGGUAUUGCACAGCAAUCAAAAUCAAUGUCUUUCGUUUUAUGUUUAUACUCUUGACAAAAAUAAAAGAAUUGGUGCUUCCAAAUUGGUGACAAUAAAUGGUAAAAAAUAUAUUAACGAGAAAUAAUGACGAAUGUUAUUAAUGGUACAUUGUUUUAAAUAGACAAUAUAUUUUGUGAUCUGUGGAGUAUACCACGUACAUACAAUGUAUAUUUUAAUUCAUUUUCUUUCUAUUACGGGACCGAAGUUGUCGUAUCCAAUUUUUUAAAUUAAAGUCUUUUGAAAUGAACGUUGUUUGAGUUAUUUAUACAUUUAUUAUAGUUUCUAAGUUAUUAUAAUGAGAAUAAACACAAUUUUAAGUAGAUAGAUUUUGCAGGUGUUGCUUAUCGUAGCCAUAACGUAACCAUAGAAUAUAUUACUCUGACGUGCUUGUAAC